AAACCUCAUCUAUUUACAUUCCUACCCUCCGCCUUCCUGUCUCCUGUGUCGGUGCUCUACCUGAAGGCCUUGGGGACCAACAGCACCAGUGGCAGUAUUGAGCCAUACCUCUCUGGUAUCAAAACGGGCAUUUUCUCAAGCCGAGUGCCCUCUCCUGCGGCAGCGUUUGCCCCUGGACUGAGGAAGUACCCCCAGGAGGGGGCAGUACCCUCCUUGACAGCCUCCUCCAGUCAAGCGAAGGCUCUGUUGGCAAGCCUGUCUGCCUCCGGCUUGAGCGCUGAGGCCCUGCUCCUCUCCUCCACCCUCCGUCAUCAUCGGCUUCUGCGCGAGCAGCGAUCCUCCUCCCUGCCUCUGCCCAGCAGCCAGUCCUCCUCCCCUACUCCCACUGCUACCUCCUCUUCCUCUUCCUCUUCACCCACCACCCCUACUCCAUCCUUGUCUCCCUCUUCUCCUACCCUUUUGAGUUCCCUCACCCUCUCCUCUGCGGUUCUCAAGUCCAGCGAUCGUAGCCUUGACAGCUCCAGCCUCAGCGGCUGCAAGGAGGGUGGCAUCAAACCUGUGAAUAACUGUCGAUGAUGAAGAAGAGGAGGAUGAGGAUAUGGGGGGAUGAUUUUCAAGCACCAUCACAUGAAGAGAAAUUUUGUUUUUUUACUGGACAUUUUGGCUCUUUCUUCUUUUUCCUCCUCCUACUUUUGACCUCAGUUCAGUAUGGAGAGUCUUAUCAUAUUUCCACGGCAAGAACUACCAUAUUGUAAAUGGAGUCACAGUCUUCUUGGACAAGUUCCCCACUCUGAUCUGGUUCCAUAGUUUCUCUGAAGUUCUCCCACACAGUCAUACUGCCAGUGUCCCAGCUAGAGAGCGCGCAAACGGGCCUCCCCUUCCCACCAUCUGCCUGCUGUAAGCUGAUGUGGUCUGGAUGGAUUUACUGACAGCACCAGUCUCAUAUAUACCCUCACUCGGUGGGUUGUUAGUGGAGUAGAUAUAAUAUCUAGACUGUGACUUUUAUCAUAGAAAAUAGAAUGCAAUAAUCACAAAGUGAGUCCUGUAGUUGUGUGUAUUCUGGAAAAUAUUGCUCUCACUUACCUGCAUCACCUGGCAGAAUGUGAGCCCUCUCAGAAAAAAAAAAAAGAAAAAAUCUAAAGUAGAUCAAGGUGAUGAUUGUGGUUUCAAGCUGUUUUGUGUCAAAAGGGCAUUUGUGGCUUUUCUUGCAUCACAUGUGUUUUAAACUCUGAACUGGUGCUAUAUUUUCCCCCUCUGUUUGUACACACUGUGUAAAGAGUUUACAUGAACUUCCCCGAUCUUUGACCUGCACUUUGGUGCAAGUGCAGAUUCCACUGUCUGCUUUGAUUUCAUAUUUCAUGCUAUUUGAAUAUUUAUAUGCAUCCAUUCCCUUCCAAAAUUUGGAAUUAAUUGUAUAAAAUAUUCAAUUUUAAAGUUUCUUUUUUUGGAAAAUUGAAAUUACUCUGAAAGCACACUGUAGGGAGCAGUCUUAUCACAGCACAUCUCUAUUUAAAAUGGGAGGAGGCACAGUUACACAAAUGGAAGGGAAAAAUGCAAAUUGUGUAUUUUAUACAAAUGUUGAAUUCCUGUAUAUGCGUACAAACGAGUUAAUUAUGACAAUCAGGAUGUUUUCACAGUAGCAUCUUACAGGUUGCUCUGGCAUUUUAGCACCUGACAUCACAAACCAUCCCAAAGACUCAAGCACACACAGCGAUGAAUAAUACACACAUUUUGUCAUACACGCUCGUGUAAAGCCAAGCUGCUAGUUUCUUGUUUCAGCAGUCGUGUGUGAUGAUUCAUUUUAAGUCACAUCUGUUGCACCACUGAAAAAGAGCACCCUGGUAAAAUACGCCAUAACAACUAGAACAUGAUUUCUGUCUUUACAGAAUCUGACUAACAGAUCAAAUGUUUUCUUUUUGGACACUUGCUUGUUUUGAACUUCAGAGUUUGCAUUUUGCAGGCCUUAUUGUAGGACAUAAUACCUUCUUUGAACAAGAACAAAAUAUAUCUUUCACUUUAGUGAAUUGAUCGCACUUCAACAUCUAUUACACUGUUUCAGCUCUUAAAUAGAUAAAGAAUAUUAAUCAGCACACAUUUAGAAACUUCAAAUGUGGGUCGACUCUUGAAGGAUCUGAGAGGAAAAUAUAGAAAUGUAAAUCGAGCACAGUUUCCUCUCAAACACAUGACCUUUACCGUUAAUUUUAACUUUGUGAAUCUGGAAAACUAUGACAAGCACAAAGCUACAAAUGUUUCCUGAGGGCAGAAAAAAACACCCCCACAUAUAUAAAAUGCUGCACACUAGAUUAUCAAUAUUGCUGUUGCCUCAUUUGGUUUAAUGACCUGCAUGUUGAGACAGAAAACAUUUCUGAAUGUUAGGUCUUUGGUGUGCCUCAGUGACAGAAGUUCAAGUUAUUAUUAUUUAAAGCACAUCAAAGGCCUGUCAGUGAUUCCCUAAGUGUAAAACCUGCACAAGGAGCCAUUUCGAAGCUUCCUGUCCUGUGUUGUUGCCUCAAGGCUGCCCACUGAGGAGGUGAACGGACAGUCAGAGACAAAGUCAUUUUUUUCAGUCAUUUCACCAGAAUGACUGUGUGAAAUCGAUUCUUUGUGGCAUUGAGAUUAAAACAUGUGCGAAGGGGCUCAUGUCAAAGAGUAGACAGCUUGAGGAGAGGGGAUUAGUUUGGGGACAUGUGUUUGAAGGCUACUUUAAUAAGGCCGGCUUUGACUUGCCUUGUCUCCAUCGAGGGUGCUUGUGAUAUAAAAGGCCCAAAGAGAUGAGAGGAAGGGUUUGACAGUCAGAGAGCCAUUAAACGGCCGCUCUUUCCCUGCCCCUUUCACUUUGCUUCGUCUUUGGUAUGGUGCGUCUGUGAAAUAAAAACCACUCAGUUGAGGUCAUGCUAGGACAAAGUUUGAUGGGCCUCAAUUAUUAAAAGUGUGUGCGAUAUGUAAUUAGCACUCUUGCAGUUUUACCGAGGUAGUGCUCUUGCCCUUUGAGAAACUCCUCCCUGUUUGUCUGUAAGGACUUGUAACAGUGUUUUUCCCAGUGCCUCUAAGACUUUGUUCUCGCCAGAAGUCCCCAGUUGAUCUCGUGUUACAGUAUUAGAUCAACAGCGAUGACAGAAUGACACUUUGACCCAAAGAAGAGGCUUGCGAAAACUGGCUUGUUUUUGCAGGAAAAAAAAAAAAAACUGAAAACAGCACUUGAAAUGCAGAGU